AUGUCGAAAAACGCAUAUGCUCGUCGCGAAGUAUGCAAUCGGCGUAUACAAGAAAUACACGACCUCUCCCUACAAGCCGCGACCGACGCGGCAAUACGAACGACCUUCCUCGCUCGCUACUCGAGCGUAGCGAAGAUCGCGGACGAUUUUGAGGCCACCCACCUGAAGGUCAUCCAAGAAGCGACGGAUUUCGAGGUCGAGGACGAAAUCCGAGCCAGUUUCGAUAAAAUGCAUUACGCCGUAAAGAGUCGAUACCACCGUGAAACGGGCGCGCCAUUCGGAGGCGCGCCGGCACAGCCCUCGGGUCAGGCCUCGGUGGUCAAGUUGCCGAAGAUCCCGCUACCGCAGUUUUCCGGCGACCUUACGUUGUGGCCUUCCUUCAUCGCGUUGUUCAACGCGUCGAUACACAACCAGCCGAUUUCCGCGAUAGAGAAAUACCAGUAUCUGCUGGCUUCACUCAAAGGGGAACCACUCAACGUGGUGAAAAACCUGCUGUUUUCCGAUGAGUACUAUCUGAUCGCUUACGACUCGCUGGUCGAUCGAUACCGGAAUAAGAGAAGGUUAGCGGACCAUCACUUGAAUUCGAUAAUCGAGGUAAAACCAUUGAAGGCGGAGACGGCCGAGGCUCUUCACCACUUAUUAGAUACGUUUACCGAGAACACGCGCGCGCUCGCAUUGAUGAAGUUCCCUACCGAAUCAUGGGAUUUUAUUCUACUGAAGUUUUUGUUAGACAAGCUUCCUCGUUCCCUUCGGGAAAAAUUCGAGUCGGCUCACCGGGCUGAGGAAAUACCGCGAUAUACACAACUCACGAAAUUUCUAGCGGAGCAUUGUCAGGUUCUCGAGGCCGUCGCGGGCCCGUCCUCCAAAACCAAGUCCACACCGAUCUCUUCGUUCGUGACUAACGCGGCCGAUUGCCCCGUUUGUAAGGAGUCUCACUACGUGUCGAAGUGCUCCCAGUUUUUAAAACUCUCGCCGAGGGAGAGGCAGGCUAAGGCUCGCGACUUGAGAUUGUGCCUCAACUGCCUGCGCUCGGGGCAUGGCAUGAAAGACUGUCCGUCCGCGUGGGCAUGUCGGUCCUGCGGCACAAAGCAUCAUACGCUUCUGCAUUACGAGCAGAGCUCUAAUACUACCCCUAAGCCCGAACCCAUUAGCGCGACUCCUGCCGAACCGGACGCCGUACCCGCUCCUCAGUUGGAGGAUGCGCCGAUUGUAACAAUGACUAGCCUGGCCAAUAGAAUCGUCCUCCUGUCCACCGUACGAGCCGAGGCGAUAGACGCGCGUGGCAAUGCGUUCCCCGUACGCAUAUUGCUGGACUGCGCGAGUCAGGCCAACUUUAUUACCGAGGGCUGCCUCCGGAAGGGCGGCUUUCGUCGCACCAAACACAGUGCAACCGUGUUGGCGAUAAACGAAGCCAGGGCGGCCACGACGAGGGGCCUCACCUCCCUCGUGAUCCGCGCGCGCGGUCGCGACGACACUCGGUUCUCGAUAGAGGCUACGGUCCUCUCGCGCAUAACCUCGCCGCUGCCUAAUGACAAGGUGGAGGUCCAGCCGUGGAAACACUUGAAGGGAUUGCCGCUCGCGGAUCCCGAAUAUUUCGUGCCCGGCGGUGUUGACAUCCUCCUGGGGGCGGACUCGUUUGUGUCGGUGCUACGGGAGGGCCGUCGUAAGGGGAAAAGGGGAAAACCCGACGCCUUCAAUUCAGUCUUCGGAUGGGUUCUGACGGGCGCGGUAUCCCCAUCAGUCCAGGCAGCGCCCCUGAGGUCAUUCGCGACUACGCUCGAGUCGAUCGCGACAUCGGUGGGUCGCUUUUGGCAAUUGGAGGAGGUGCCGGAGGACGCUUCUUGUUCGGACGAGGAUCGACGCUGCAAAGAAAUCUUCGCCAAGACCACGUAUCGUGACCCCUCGGGUCGUUUCGUGGUCUCGUACCCGUUCGUGUCGGAUCCUCCUACAUUCGUCGGCUCGCGCUCCAUUGCGGUUAGUCGUCUCCGCGCACUAGAACGUCGAUUUAAAUCUGAUCCGGAGUUCAGAGCUGGUUACAAUCGUUUCAUGCGGGACUAUCUCGAUAGCGGACACAUGGAGGUAAUUCGCAAUCCAUUCCCGUCGGAUGGCCACAUUUAUUAUCUACCGCACCACGGUGUGUAUAAACUCGAUAGCACUACCACUAAGUUGCGGGUAGUGUUCAACGCGUCCUCGCGAGGCCCGGACGGUCUGUCGAUCAACGACACCCUGCUCAGCGGUCCGAAGCUGCAGCAGGACCUGCUCGCCAUCCUGCUUCGGUUCCGCGCCGAAGCGAUCGCUCUAACCGCGGACGUGAAGCAGAUGUUUCGCCAGAUUUGGAUAAGCCCGGAGCAAUGCAACUACCAACGUAUCGUCUGGCGCUUCUCAGAGUCGGACCCCAUCCUCGACUAUCUCCUCAAAACAGUUACAUUCGGCUUUAGCGCCUCCCCGUUCUUGGCGAUCUAUUGUUUGCUCCAGUUAGCUCAUCAAUACCGCGAGAAAUAUCCUCUAGCGUUCGCAACCCUACUCGAGGCGCUGUAUGUGGAUGACGUCGUGACAAGCGUUCGGACGGUGGAACAGGCUCGCGCACUCCGCGACCAAUUGCUAUCGCUUCUCCGAAGCGCCGGCUUCGAGCUUCGAAAGUGGUCGAGCAGCCAUCCUGCCGCGCUGGAGGGCCUCGACCCGCAGUUAUGUAGCCAAUCGAUGUUAGAUUUCGAGUCAAGCGAGGAUCAAUCUCAGAAGAUAUUGGGCCUUCGGUGGCACUCACAAUCUGAGUUUCGGGUUUCAAGUCAACGCGUUGGAUCGUGA